UGCCGUUGACUCGAACCAUCUCGCUUACAUGCGGGCCUCACAGGCCACCGCACUUCACCAUUUUCUUUGAGCGAGUCCAUGUCGUUAAUUGUUAGUUACCAUAAUGCCAUUUGCUAAUUCUUAUUCCUCGCUUCCCUCCCGGCCUGAACGCGCACGCCAAGAAUUCUAGAAUCUCGAGAGGGAGAGGGAGAGGGAGAGAGGGAUGAACGCGGCGGCACGCAAGGCCGCGGGCGGCGGCAUGGGGCGCGCGCCGGUGAUGCUGCUGGCGCUGGUGGCGGCGGGGGCGUUCCUGAUCUCGUACAACUUCUUCGCCAUGGUGCUCCGCGGCGGCGCGGGGGCGGGCGCCGGGGGCGCGAGGGACCCGGUGGUGCCGAUGCCGGCGUGGAUGCGCGCGGCGGCCGGGGAAGAGGGGCGUCGGCGGCCGUUCCACGUGGCGCUCACGGCGACGGACGCGGCGUACAGCAGGUGGCAGUGCCGGGUGAUGUACUACUGGUACAAGCGGAUGCAGGCGCGGCCGGGGGGCGAGGCCAUGGGAGGAUUCACCCGCGUGCUGCACUCCGGCAAGCCGGACGGCCUCAUGGACGAGAUCCCCACCUUCGUCGUCGACCCACUCCCCGCCGGCAAGGAUCACGGCUAUGUCGUCCUAAAUAGGCCAUGGGCAUUUGUACAGUGGCUUCAGAAAGCAAAGAUUGAAGAAGAGUAUAUACUAAUGGCAGAACCAGAUCAUGUAUUUGUGAAACCUUUACCAAAUGUGGCCCAUGACAAUGAUCCAGCAGCAUUCCCUUUCUUUUACAUCACACCAUCAGAACAUGAAAAAAUCAUCAGGAAAUACUAUCCCAAAGAAAGAGGUCCUGUCACGAAUAUUGACCCUAUUGGGAAUUCUCCUGUAAUCAUUAAGAAGACACUGCUUGAGAAGAUUGCCCCCACAUGGAUGAAUAUGUCGAUACAAAUGAAAGAGGAUCAGGAGACAGAUAAAACUUUUGGAUGGGUCUUGGAAAUGUAUGCAUAUGCUGUUGCUAGCGCAUUGCAUGGCGUUCAACAUAUCCUUCGUAAAGAUUUCAUGAUCCAGCCGCCGUUUGAUACAAAGCUCGGGAACACAUUUAUUAUCCACUUCACCUAUGGAUGUGACUAUUCACUAAAGGGUGAACUGACCUACGGAAAAAUUGGUGAAUGGCGAUUUGACAAACGAUCAUUCCAAGAUAGGCCACCACCAAGAAAUCUUACAUUGCCACCUCCUGGAGUCCCAGAAAGUGUGGUUACACUAGUAAAAAUGGUCAAUGAAGCUAGCGCAAACCUUCCUGGGUGGGAUGAUGGAAUAUAAGCUUUGUCUGAUGCCAAAUAUAGUUGAGUUCCCGUUCUUAUUCACCCCUUAAAUGGGGAAAUGUCAAAGUAUCAGGUGCAGUCGGCUAUUCAGGCACAAACAGUUUGCACCCAAAUAGCAGCUUCCCCUUGCACUUCAUACCUGAUAGAAGAAAAUACAUAAUUUUCUCUUUAUACUUUUAGAAAAGAAGUAAGUUAGCACCCAAAGUUUUACAUUUAAUUAUCUUGUAAUAGCAACUCACUGCUGAAAAUCUCAAUAUACCUUUUUGUGCAAGUGCAAUUGUGCUUGCACUUCGGUGA